AAGUAAAGUUUGUAUUAAAAUAAAAUAAAACCAUGUGUUCAUGACCACAACUUGAUCUGUUGUUGGUUAUAGCAGAAUAUAUACGAGUUAUAUUAUUUGUCUAUGCCAAUUUUACUUGUUUUUAUUAACAAUAAUUAGGUAUUAUACAUAUGCAAAUGUAUGUAUAUAAGAACAUAAUAUACGAUACCAAGGAGAUACUGUAUUGAGAAUCAAUUUAUACAGUCAUGGCAACCUUCUUUCUGCUCGUCGUCGUCCUCGUACCGUUAGCCAGUUUCGCUACGUGUAGUACCGCGAUUGGUGAAAACGCUAAUAAUACGUUGCCCUUCACUAGAAGUAGCUUUCCUCCUGGUUUCAUAUUUGGAGCUGGAUCUGCUGCUUACCAAUCUGAAGGAGCAGCAAAUGUGGAUGGAAGGGGGCCAAGUAUAUGGGAUACCUAUGUGAAGGCAUACCCUGAAAAAAUAUCUGAUCAUAGCACUGGAGAUGAGGCAGAUGAUUUUUAUCACCUUUAUAAGGAGGACAUAAAAUUGAUGAAAGAAAUAGGUCUUGACUCGUUUAGAUUUUCUAUCUCAUGGAGCAGAAUAUUACCAAAGGGAAAACUUAGUGGAGGAGUGAACCAAUUGGGUGUUAAAUUCUACAAUGACCUCAUCGACAACCUCAUUGCAAAUGGAAUAAAACCGUUUGCUACAUUACUCCAUUUCGACCCUCCACAAGCUUUAGAAGACGAAUAUGGUGGCCUUUUGAGUCAAAAUAUUGUAAAUGACUAUUUGGAUUACGCAAAUUUGUGCUUCAAUACAUUUGGGGAUCGAGUAAAACUGUGGGCAACCGUAAAUGAGCCAAAUAUAUUCUCAAUGAAUGGAUAUAGCAAAGGUGAGCUUGCGCCCGGUCGAUGUUCCAGUUAUGUCGGAAAUUGCACAGCGGGCAACUCCGCCACGGAACCCUACCUUGUCGUUCACCACUUGCUUCUUUGUCAUGCCUCCGCCGUCAAAUUAUACAACCAAAAAUAUAAGGGUUCCCAAAAGGGAGAAAUCGGAAUAACCAUCGCGUUCCAUUGGUUUGUUCCAAAAAUCAACACACGUCCUAACCGCUUGGCUGCUGCUAGAGCUAGAGAUUUCUUCUCCGGAUGGAUUGCUAAUCCAGUAACAUAUGGUGAGUAUCCAUAUAGCAUGAGAAAAGCAGUGGGAGAUAGACUCCCAAAAUUCACGGCAGAAGAAUCUGAAAUGCUCAAAGGAUCCUUUGAUUUUAUGACCGUUAAUUAUUAUACAGCAUUUUACGUAGUCACUGCACCACCAAAGACCACCAACAUCAGUUACGAUGCUGAUAAACGUGGAUCUAUGAGCAUGGAAAAGAAUGGAGUUCCCAUCGGCACACCGACGGCCUUUUUUUGGCUUCACAUCUAUCCAAAGGGAUUGCUAAAUGUUCUUCAAUAUGUCAAAUCAAAAUACAAAAAUCCUAUUAUUCAUAUUACUGAGAAUGGAAUGGGUGAUAAUGGAACCUUGCCACUUAAAGAAGCUUGUAAAGAUGAUUUGAGAAUAACAUACCUCCGUGACCACUUAUCCUAUAUUUCAAAGGCGAUCAAGAGCGGAGUGAAUGUGAAGUCAUACUAUGUAUGGUCAUUUUUGGAUGACUUUGAAUGGAAUGCUGGCUAUGAGAUUCGAUUUGGCAUCAUUUAUGUGGAUUAUCAGGAUAAGUUCAAACGCUACCUUAAGUCUUCUGCUUAUUGGUUGAAGACCUUCCUUCAACAAUGAAAUUUUAAACGGGACGGAGGAAGUAUUUAUAUAAUUUCAACAUUCGCAAAUAAAAUGUAAAUUAACUUAUUCACAUUAGCUACCAUUUUUUUUUAUGUUUUUUUCCUAUACCUCAUUGUUGUUGCUUUUCAAGUUUUUUCAAUAAAGGCUCCGAACCUUAUUUGUCUA